AUGUCUCAGAACAAAUCUAAGCAAUGCUCAAGGGAACAGGAACCUUGCCAGCGCAGAUCAGAGGCCAGCAGGUCUCCAGGAGAGGGAGGGACCCCUGCUCAGCUGGGGCAGAGACUCGUCCUCCCAACAAACAGGAAGAAAAAGGAAGACCAAUCCCAGCCAGGAUCUACCACAGCCCGAGGGCUCCCGGCGCCCCAGGGGAAUGCCGGGUGCCAACAGGAUUCUCCUACGCAGCUUGAGGGUUCGGCACCACUGCCGGGGCCGCGGUUCUGCAGCCGGGCCGGGAAGGGGCGCAGGGGGCCCGGCCGAGGGGGCGGCACACGGCGGGGGCACCGCGCAGGCGCCAACCGCCCCCCUCCGCAGGGCCGCUACAGACAACGCUACAGACAACGCACCCACCCAGCUCCGGACGAGCUCUCCCGGGACACUGCACCGCUCGCCCCGCCGGGCCCGGCACUGCCGCCCGUGGCCACGGCCCCCACACGGCCCCGGCACCGCCGCUCACCCUCCACCGGCCGCGCCCCGACCGCGGUAUCGCGAGAGACAGCGCGGGGCGGGGCGCGUGCGGAGCUGACUCCCCGGCGCGCCGAUUGGCCGGGCCGGCGGCCGCGCGUCCCUACGGGCGGCCGCGCCCGCGGAACUCCUCCCGACGCGCUGAUUGGCCGCGGACGCCUGACGUGCGCAUGCGCCCCGCGCGCGUGCCGGGUGCACGUGUGCGCCGCACCUGCGCCCCGGGCGGCCCCCCCUCCUCCCACGCCGCCGCAGCCCCGCCCCGAGGAGGCCCCGCCCUCCGCCCUCCCCCUCACCGGCGGGGCUGGGCCGGCCCGGGCGCUGCGCGUUCCCACGGCCCUCGCUGCGCUGCCACGGGCGGGGCUCGGCCGCGGGCGGCGGGGGCGUCGCAGCGCCCUUCCAAGCCCCGCUCUUCCUGUUCCAGGCGCUCCAGAGGCUUUGGCGGCUGUAGCGGGAAGUGGGAGCUGGGAUCGUGCGCCGCCGCUGCCGCCGGUAUUUUGGGGAUUCCUCCUCGGGGUUGUGCGUGUGUUGCCGGGGCCGCAGCCCCGCGGGGGUGUGUCGGCCGGGAGCCCCGGGGCCGGGCCCCCGGAGCGAGGGCGGGAGGUGAGUCACGCUGCAGGAGCGGGGCCGCCCCGGCGAGAAGGUGGGAUGUGCUGCAGCAGCAGGGGCUCGUCGUCUCUGCUUCCUCUUGUAAGUGCGCUGGAAGAUCCUCUGAUUUAA